UAAAGCUAUUAGCAUUUAUCAAUCAGUGGAAAUAUCUUCCUCCAAUUUCCAUGAUUAUUUUAAAAAGAGAUCAUAUCUCGAAGAGAUCAGCGCAAUCAAACCAUUAAUGUUAGUCUAUUUAUUGUUAUGGUUUUAUCUAUUGAGACCUGUCAUCAGUUUAAAUAACGGGUUUGAAGAUUCAACGGAAGGGAAAUCGUAUUCAAGGAAAUAUCGUAACCCUGAACGUGGAUUCAAACAACACAUUGUUUCCCACAAUUUCAAAUCUCCGCUCUCGCCAUAUGUGAAGAAAGAUAAUCCAAUAGCGAAUAAUGAUAUCAGUAGCCUUCUGUCUAAACUUAGAGAUAAUUGGGAGCCUCCUUCUACAUAUUUAGAGAAAAGAGGUUACUUGUCGGAAAAAAAGCCCGAAAAGAAUCUUAGAAUACAACAUAAAGCAUUUAAUCCACAUAUCGGCGCUGAUAGUGAUAUACAGCCCCUAAAACAACAAACAAUGAGUCAAAUACCAAAUAUGAAAGAUGAAAGCAAGCAAUCAGAGAUAAGACUAACGAAUGAGCGCAAAUUUUUUUAUUAUCCCAGUAAUAAGCAUCUCAUGAAGAAGAAAAAGACGCAGACUCAUAAAGACCACAGACUAAAAAGCCUCUCUGGGGAUGCCCCUGUCAGUCCCGAAACUAAAAGCGAAAACGCGGAGACGACUCCUUCAAAAGCCGAGCCCACAUCAGGAUAUGCAGAAUCUAGAAAGCCAAAAGAUGAGUCCUCAAAGCAAAUUGGCAAAGAGCCGAGUUUUAUGUCUAAAUUUAAAAAUAAAUUCCAAAGUUGGUUUCGUCCCUCUUCAACGGCUGACGAUAGUGAUUUUGGAGAAGGAAGUCUGCGAAUAGGGAAAGUGAAAAAAAGUUCAGGCCAAAAGUUCUUUGAUUUCAAAUAUGAUGAUUCAUGGCUAAGGGAGGAAAUCCCAGAUACCGCUGACCUAGAGGGUAGACAUUAUAUUUCUUCAGUCAGUAGUAAUAGUUCCACAAUUACUGAUUCUCUCCCUUCGGGAGACGUAUCAUCGAUGAAUUCUUCAGAUCUCAUGAAAAAUCUCACUCAAGCUGACAUAGACUAUGUGAAAAGCUUCCUCAAGUGUUACAGAGAAAACAAAGCGAAAUUCUUUGUCGACUAUCUUCAUAUGAAUAAAACCUUAGCUGGAGAGGCAACGGCCGAAUCUAGUUCUUCCAAAGUAGGAUCAGCGAAAAGUUCAAAUUCUACAUCAGAAAUGGGAACUUGUUCAAAAGCAUCAAAUAGUUCUACGAAACACGACACUACAGUGACGAACUCAACAACAAUGAAGCCUAAAAAAGUCGAGACAAAUACCUCCCAGUCGAAAACGACACCCGCCCCCGUCAAGGAAGAGGACAAUGUGAAAUUGGAUAUUGACAUCAAAACAAACGAUACUGGAAAUGGAACAGAAAAUGGCUGUUCUCAUUUGAAACGGAAAGUAACCGCUUAUGUGCCGAGAGGUUGUGAGAAGUAUGCGCACCCAAAAAAGUUACAAGUUACUUUGAACAAAAAAAAAAAUUAUUGUUCCACGACAACUACUACCGGGUUACCAGCUGAUAUUCCAGACGAACUCAAUGCCUCCCUGCCCACUUCUUCGGAAUCUAAAGAUACUGCGGAGUCGACAGAUUCUUCAAAUUCUUCCGCCGAUUGCUAUUCGAAUCUACUGAAAUUUUUGGCUCAUCAACAUCAUACUGUUUUCGAAGUUGGAAAACUUCCUCAUAAACCACUGAAUUUGACAUGGGUUAAGCAAAUGAUUGCUGAUGCUCGCGAAACACUCGAUUCAGUUAUUUUAGGUGAUGGAGGAGGCAAUGACACGAAAUGUACGCCAAUUCGCUUAAAUGAAUUGAAUUUUGAUGUGGAAUGGACAUCCCAACAGGAUCCAAAUAACCAAUCCCAGGCUUUACCAGCGGGUUUGCCGGCAUCGGUCAAUAACGAAAGAGCCAAAAAGGAUCAAGGUGAUGCCGCAACCCACUUUCUGUUGGAUGCUCCUGAAACUCCAAAACUGAGGAUUGAACCUCCUUAUUCGGACAACUUUCUUAUCUCUGACAGUCUCAUCCACAAUGAGCAAACGAAAUUAGUUAACGAAAAUGAAAACUCGUUUGCUGCAGAAAUUAAAAAGAAGCGUGACAUCCCACAAGAGGAGAACGGUUCCCAGCAAGAAUCAGAAGAUGGUGCCUCUGUAGAUAGGGAUUACUUUGACAUGUCUCCCUCCCUUGAAGAUUUCAGCGCAAGCAGUAAUGAAGUCUUUCCUUUCGAGAACUACUUAGAUGACUAUGGAACCAUAUUUGAGCCGAGAAAAAGGAAGAGCUCCUCUGACGAUGACGAUGAUGGUGAUGAAGAGGAAGACAACUCUAACGAACUCUUCGGAAGGAAGAAAAAGAAAAAGAAGAAGAAAAAGAAAAAAUAUAACAAAAAAAGCAACGAGAAUGACGAUGCAACAGAAAUUUCCUUCGAAGAAACCGACCCCGGUGUAGUUGCUCAGGAAAGAGAAGAUGGAACUGCAAAAAAGACAGCAGUUGAAGCUGCCCCACCUAAAGAAGAUUAUACAAGCUUUUCCGAACUAAAUGAUAUAAAAUUUCGGGUGAACUCAGAUCAAGAAGAAGCCAUUGAAAAAUUUAUUGAAGGCUUAAAUGCACCGCCUGAGAUAUUUAAUUUCGACGUAGAGAGAUUUAUCAAAUCUAAAAGCAGCUUUGAGCCUAUUCAUUUGGAACAGCCGCCACAAAAAACUUUCUAUGAGUUCAUUGCGUCUCCUAACAUUGAGAAUGAACGCGUUCCCUACAUAGCUCCUGACACAUUAGACCGUCAGUCUCAGGCAGAAACUUCUGGAGAAGCAUCUCCGAAGGAGAGUCGUAAUGUUCAUACCAAACGUGAUAUUCUUCGUCAAUAUAUAAAAGGAAUAUCUGAACACCUCCAGGAUGCCUAUGCAGCCCCACCUCCUGCUGAAGAGAAAACGACUUCAAAACUCUCCCGUAGCAACUGUGCUCCUAUAAACCGGGAUCAGGUUCUCAUCUCGAAUUAUGCAAAUGAUUUAGAUGUACUGAAUUAUGGUAGGUUCGAGCCAAUCCAACGUGAUUCCGGAGUUGAUGACUUCGUUGACAAGUUUUACCUUCUUAACGAUGGGAGCUUUUCCAUUUAUGGAGCAGAUAAACCGCCAGUGAAGUCUAACGAGAGAAAUCGCAUUGAUCCUGUAAAUGUUGACAUUGACCUAGAUUUGGAUAAGAAGUUCAAGGAACUGAGUAUCGCGCGGCCUGCCCCCACACAAGUCCUUGGAAAGUGCACGGGACUAGAUUGCUCCAAAGACCGAAUAGUCGAUUGGUCGAAUCAUAUUCAAAAUAAUUUUGAUUUAUUCGUUCCGGAUACAGUUUUCCACAAGGAACUCCCACCUGAUAAAGCGUGUGAUAGGUGCCUGCCUAUGAGACGAAAAUAGGAAUUUUAUGCGAGGUAGGAAUAUAUAUUUAUCUACUUCCUUUUUG